UUUAUUCCCCGGGGUGGGAAUCGGGUGGGAUCGCAUUUAUGAAUCCUGACAGGGAGCGGAGCCUCAUUCCGCAGCAGAUCGCUCCUCUCGGGCGCCUCCUCGCACAUUUCGCCACAAAUUCGUACGGUAGGAGGGAGGGGGGGGAGGAUAGCAUGGAUUUAAUACCAGGCUGUCUGCCCGUGGUGCGGUACUCUCGUAACUGACCGUGUUUAAACGUAAUAAUCAUAAUAAAGCUACAGUGUACCUCGGACGCUGUCCCAGGUACUGAAAGCCCGGUAUGCCUUCCUGCGGCAACUCGGCGAGUUGAGACGGAGCGCCGUUUUCAGUUGAGACGAGAAGACGACGGGUUUUUUUUUUUUGGGGGGGGGGGGGGGCAGACUGACGCAAAGGCUAAAUAAAUGCACGCCGCUGUGGGUACAUACAGCGUUAAAGACUAAAUGGGAUCGCACGUCCUCCGAGCAGAAUGUAAAGGCUGUUUAAAGCAUGGGGAAAACUGACGUGCCCUCCGUUCUACUGCUGCCGCUACUGCUGCUUCACCUCGGCGCCUCCUGGGUUAAUGCCGAUAGUCUGUCGGCCCCCCUCAAUGUGACGAUCCGGGCGCUCAAGGUGAACUCGGCCGUGGUGACGUGGGACAUACUCGAUGGCGACCCCGUCAUCGGCUUCGCCAUCACCCAGCAGAAGAAGGACGUGCGCAUGCUGCGAUUCAUCCAGGAAGUGAACACCACCACGCGCUCCUGUGCAUUGUGGGAUUUGGAGGAGGACACGGAGUACAUCGUGCAUGUUCAGUCCAUCAGCAUGCGCGGCACCAGCCCUCCCAGCGAUCCUGUGCUCUUCCGUACUCCCAGGGAGGCCGAGAAGCUAGCUUCGAAGAGCCCAGAUGAGGUGACCAUGGAGGAGGUGGGACAGGCCACUCAGCUACGGGCGGGGGAGCUCAUCAUUAUCGUCGUGGUGCUGAUCAUGUGGGCAGGAGUGAUCGCCCUUUUCUGCCGACAGUAUGACAUCAUCAAAGACAACGAGCCCAACAACAACAAGGACAAGGCCAAGAACUCGUCUGAGUGCAGUACGCCGGAGCACCCGACGGGGGGGCUGCUACGGAGCAAGGUAUAAUCGGCCCCCACUCUCCCCCACGCCCCCCCCCGCGCCGAGUCCUGGGCAGUUCCCCAAAAACAAGCGGAAGCCAUCAGUGAACAUCAUUGAGGUUUGACUGGUCAUCUUCAUGCUAAAGACUUUAUAAAAAAAAAAAAAAAAAAAAAAAAAACAAUAAAUCCAUCAAAGAACAUUAACCGGUGGGCAAAGUGCCCCUGUGCAUGCUGGGAAGAGCCGCAGGAUUGGAGCGUCGUCAGCUCAUUCCCCCGCAUGGUAGACAUGACUCUGGCCGUGGGGGCUCCGUGCCAAAGGUUGCAGGGGCUCCAGCUUUUAAAGAACAACUAGUAGGGAUGGUCCUUUACCCAGAGUCCACCUCCACAGUCCAGCACCACAGCACAGAGCUGAAUCUGCUAGCAUGCAGGAAGAAGGCACCAGCUUGGGCUGAUGGUGGUGUGGCCUUUCUUUGUUGCCUGUUAUUCCACAGCGGAUCAGUCUAUGGGGUUGGGUUGCACCAGCUCCACAACUUACUGUCAAUCCGUCCCCAACAAUCUCUUCAGCGCAGGGUUUGUCCAACUUGCUCCUUCUCAGGGCAUCUGUAGUGUUUGUCCGGAGAACUCGGAGGUGUCCUGGUCAGAGAGAUCCCAGCUCAUCCUCUUCCCCAAAUGAGCGUGUGUGUGUGUGUGUGUGUGUGUGUGCAUGUUACAGUCCUCUGUCUGACGCUAUAUCCCGCUAUAUCUUUCGCCAGAGGCUUAUGGCGGCGUGAUAUUUCUCACGUAGAGAUGAGUCUCAUAAGCACAUAAUUGCACAGUACUCGCAACGUCUGUCCGUUAAUCCUGGUUAUUCCUGUCAUGUGUAUCCUCUUACCGUUGAUUACAAUAAUUAUUGCUGACAAAGAUAACUGUUCCAUGCUGGGAUGCGUUUUCGAACCAUUUAUGUAUUUAAAGGUGCCUUUCCUCCAGGCAUCAUCUUUCUGUCUGUUUUUUUUUUUCCCUCUACUGAAGUCUGACAAACCCAGUCGUGUCAGUGUUGCAGGCCCAGCAGCCACAGCGGACUGUCUUUCAGGGAGCUGGAGGUCAGUUAUUUGCUUACAUUUACAGCGAGAUUGAACCGGAAAAAAAAACACCAACAAAACAAGAGUACAGGCGCUAUUGAGGAAAAGGACUUUUUUGUACCAACUCUGUAGGGGAGAGACAUGCCUGCAGUCAUCAUCAGGCGGGACUGAAUAUCUCCGAGCAAUAACUUACAGCGGAGAAGAGCGGGUUUUCGACGCUUGUGACCUGGCCCCGCCCAUAUCCACAAGGGGCGGGGCAUGUGUGGUGGACAGCCCCCACCACCAUCCUGCAUCCAGUCUCUGGCCGUUCUGCUCUCCCAGCACACACUGGAGUACCCAGCCAUUAGGGAGAAGCGCCAACCAGACAGACAAAAUUUGUAAAAAUGUGUUUUUUUUUUAUCACCUGCUUUUCAUCUUUUUGUACUUUUCUCUGAGAUGCCCCUAAGUGUCCGGCUGCUACCGUCCACCCUGCCGGAUGUGGGGCAUAAGCUGGGUUGUAGCAUGUCCGUGAAAACAUGCAGUAUGUUUUGUAUAUUUUCCCAGCUUCGUGCAGUAAAAAGCCCAGGUGCAAAGGCUUAUGGGGCAACUCCGUCGUCAGUGGCGAUGCUGCCCCCUGUAGGGCCGCAGCUGUGCGGACGGGUCGACCCCCUGCAAACACAGCACCACUGUUAUUCAUCCCUGCAGAGCCGCGGUCUGCUCACCGCCGCUGCCGCUAAAGCUAAUGUCACUUAAAAAAAUAUAUAUACAAAGCCAUUCUAUGCUGGGGAAAAAAGCUGAAAGCUCACUAAGGUAAGAACACAGGUCUGGCAGGGCAGGCUCCACGAAGCUGAACCAGCCUCGUGAUUGGUCACAGCACAGUGCCCCUGUCCCCAUCCUGAAGGAUUCUGGGUAGUAUCGCUGCUGGGUUCCAACACGCCGUCAUCAGGUUGGCUGGUGACAGACGGCUCCCCUGGGCUUCACACCGCCACUCUCCAGCCAACCCCGUCCACAUCUGCAGCUACGCCCACCCAGCACUCAGCCAAGAUGGAGUAUUUCUGUUUUUAACGGCUGAUAAUUAACCUUGGCUGAGCAGGGAGGAGGCAGUCGGUGACAUGAGAAAUAGGCAAUAUUAAUAUUCCGGUCCUGGCAGCUUAUAUAAGCAAAGUGGAAGGUGGCGGGGGGGGUGCAUGGUUCCGGAAAUGAAUAAUGACUGUCUGCUGCUAGGAGUUACCCCCCCACUCUGCAUCCCCUCAAGCCCAAUGCUUAUCUGUCAUGUAAAUGACGAACGCUUUAAAGAUCUUUGGACCUAUGAAGGAGUAUGACUUAUCCGGGUGGUGUCUGCAGGACGCUAAUGCGAAGAGACAGUGCCAGACAUUGGCAUUUGACCAAAUGGUGGCGAGGAAGGGCUCUGGUGUUAUACCCCUGAGCGGGGAGCUUAAAAUUAGUGUCUACAGUCUGUCAAGCAGCUGAAGUAUAACGCAUCUUGUCACCUCAGAUUUAUUAUUCUGCUAAGCAGCUAAAACAAUUUAAAUAUAACCCUACAAACUCAAUAGCCCCCAUCUUUCAGCUUAAAUGUAACUGAUGAAAAAUAAUCAUGAUCCAGUUCAGUAUAUCCUCUGAUUACUGUCAUAUUUUCUGUCAUUUAUUUCCUUGGCUUUGCAUACAUACUGAUGUCUUAUGUCCUUAAGUGGGUGCAGCAGAUUUCACAAAGUAGUUAUUUCACCUUAUUUCAAUAUGUGUUAGUGGAGACCACCAAAUCAGCUGGCAGCAUGUGGACAUGGGAUUUGUAGUCUUUUACAUUUUCUGCACCAAUCCCCCCACCCACCCCUCUCCUGUCCUCAUGCUCAUCAACAGCAUUCCAGAUGCACCUUACCAAUGCCUGUUUCUCAGACCACUGGUCCGAGACCAAUAUAACCUGCCCCCCCCCCCAUCACUUUUGCUCACUACUGAUGUGCGUUUUAAAUCGACAGCAUCUCAGCCACCAUGUUAAAAGGUCCAUAAUCCCCCCUGGGGACGACUUUGGUGACAUAUUAAUCUGCAAGUGGAACAAGACAUGCUUCAUUGCAGGCGGGAGACACCGACGGGAAGCUGAGAAUCCAGCGUCCUGAUUUCCGUGCCCGUUGUGAGGGUCGACGGUUACCAUGGCGAGGGACAGGAGAACAAAGAGACCGUGGGCAGCGAAGUGCUGACAGGGAACCGUCCCCUCAAGAUCGCCGAACUCUCAUUUUGCUUUGGAUCAAAGCAGCGAAUGCACUCACAGACCUGGACUAGCAUCCCAACAGCGGAAGUUUCGACGUUAGUUGCUCACAAUCACAUGGUCUCAGACUCCACAGAAAACUGUGUACCUCUUAAAUGGUCAGACGAUAACACAACCAGAAACGAGACUGUUUCCAAAGACACGUGGAUGUGUGUCUGUGUGUGUGUGUGUGUGUGUGGGGGGGGUGUUUUGUGUAAAGUAUACAAUUUAUAUUUAACGUACGGAAUUCAUAUUAACUGCUGAAAGAGGGCCGGCAUGGUUCUGUAUAAAUAAGGCCAUGUGGUAUCUCUUUAAAGAACUGCGUAUAUGCUUAAUCAUGUAUUUAACUUCAAUUUAAUAAAGUUAUCCGAUAUUUUCAAUGCCAA